AGGAAUCAGAAAUCACAGGGCUCUGAUCCCUCUGCACCCUUCCCCCACAUUGGUCCUCCUGAUCCUGACACAUUCUGAGUAAAAUCAGCAGGGACAUCCUGACCACAAGAUGGGAUGGCUGGGGGCUGUCCAAGUCCUUGGGAGAGAGAGGAAGAGCUGAACUGGAAAUCACCACAUAUGGAUGCCUUCCUUUCAGUAUGUUUACUUCUGGAUUAAAAGGAGUUGGGGAUGGGGAAAUUUAAACUCUUCAGGUCUGGACCUGGUUUCUCUCUAGGACCAUGUUGGCUCAUUAACAACUCUUAAAAAUCGAGAGCCAUAAGCCCGUAUCAUUGAGGGUCUGUUGUAGAAUCCGGCUGGAAAGUGAGUCUAGAUUCCAUGUAUUAUUCUUUUUACUACAAGAACCCUCUUUCCCUAUGUCUGUUUAUGGAAGAAAAUGAAGUUUAGGGGUGUGGUUUGGGAACUGAGCUAGAUUCUUGUGAUCUGUCAGAUGCCUGGAUGUUGGGGAAGCAUUUCCAGAAACUCAUGAGACUGGGACCCAGAUGGGGAUUUUAAUAUUAGAGACAGAUGAUGUACGUCAGGCAUCCACCUUCUGAGGGUUUAGCCACAGACUCAACACGUGAAUCCAUGGGACUUUGGGCAUUGAUUCAAGUGCUGUCAUAAUGAAGUUACUUAAGAGCUAAUUCCAUCUGAACUUCCUGGGCCUAUUCUCCAUCAGCAAAAUAUGUUAAGACUGGGAGAGCUAUUCUCUUACUGGAUGUGGUAAUAGCUUUUAGCCAGCAAACUUAUAAAAUACAACUUUAGAGCCUAUGGCUUCCCUUCCUACCCUUUUCAGUUUAUUUCUUCAUCCCAGAGGGGAGGGUCAGACACAAAUCUAAAAACUUUUCAAUGUUGGGAGGUAGGUUGUAAUAGGAAAAUGGUAGGAAAAAAUAUAAUCUUCCAAUAUCAUAAUAAAAGAUAAUAAGGAAGAUGGGAGGGAUUAGGGCUGCGUUGUUCUAUUUCCUCACCAAAAGAGAAGGUGAACCCCUACUUGAGUAAUAAUGUAUUGAGAUCCUUUUUGUCUGCACCAAAAGACAGCCAUGUGAGGCCCUAUAGCUACUCUCCACCUGGCGUAUGCAUCGCGCACACACAACCACUGUGCAAGUCCACUGCCUCCUUCCCCCCUUCUGAAGUCCCCCUUCUCUCAGCAUUUCUAUCCCCGCCUCCUCUUAUCCACAUUUUCCAGCCGACAGCUAGAGCUGACUUCCGCAAUCCUGAUGGGAUAAAUCUAGCACUCCCCAGUCAUCUGCCCAUACUUCCCUGCUGACACCAGAUCCAACAACAGAUUCCCACCAGCAGGAUGUGGGGACUGAAGGUUAUGCUGCUACCCAUGGUGAGCUUUGCUCUGUACCCUGAGGAGAUACUGGACACUCAGUGGGAGCUAUGGAAGAAGACGCACAGGAAGGAGUAUGAUAGCAAGGUGGAUGAAAUCUCUCGGCGUUUAAUUUGGGAAAAAAACCUGAAGUAUAUUUCCAUCCAUAACCUUGAGGCCUCUCUUGGUGUCCACACAUAUGAACUGGCCAUGAACCACUUGGGGGACAUGACCAGUGAAGAGGUGAUUCAGAAGAUGACUGGACUCAAAGUGCCCCCCUCUCGUUCCCACAGUAACGACACCCUCUAUGUCCCUGACUGGGAAGGCAGAGCCCCAGAUUCUAUUGACUAUCGAAAGAAAGGAUAUGUUACUCCUGUCAAAAACCAGGGUCAGUGUGGUUCCUGUUGGGCGUUUAGCUCUGUGGGUGCCCUGGAGGGCCAACUCAAGAAGAAAACUGGCAAACUCCUAAAUCUGAGCCCCCAGAACCUGGUGGAUUGUGUGUCUGACAAUGAUGGCUGUGGAGGGGGCUACAUGACCAAUGCCUUCCAGUAUGUGCAGAAGAACCGGGGCAUUGACUCCGAAGAUGCCUACCCAUAUGUGGGACAGGAUGAAAGCUGCAUGUACAACCCAACUGGCAAGGCAGCUAAAUGCAGAGGGUACAGAGAGAUCCCUGAGGGGAACGAGAAAGCCCUGAAGAGGGCAGUGGCCCGAGUGGGACCCAUCUCUGUGGGUAUUGAUGCAAGCCUAACCUCCUUCCAGUUUUACAGCAAAGGUGUGUACUAUGAUGAAAGCUGCAAUAGUGACAAUCUCAACCAUGCGGUUUUGGCAGUGGGAUAUGGAAUCCAGAAAGGAAACAAACACUGGAUAAUUAAAAACAGCUGGGGAGAAAACUGGGGAAACAAAGGCUAUAUCCUCAUGGCUCGGAAUAAGAACAACGCCUGUGGCAUUGCUAACCUGGCCAGCUUCCCUAAGAUGUGAUUCCAGCCAGCCAACCCCAUCCUACCAUUCCAUUCCUUCUGCAGUAGUGCAGUGUAAUAGCAUACAUACUUUAGAAGGGAGUUAGUGUGCCAUUCUCGAAGCAGAUGUGGUGUUACCAGUCUGCCUCUCAGUCUCUCCAUUUGUUUGGACUCCAGGCAAUCCCUGCUGCCGUCCUUCCCCACACCCAAGUCUUUUCUCAUCAUGGCCACAGCAGGAAUUUCCCUGACAGGUGUGUACUCUGAGGCUGAGAGAUGCGACCACAGCCUGCCCUGGUGGGUGGUCCUGGGGCUGAUACUGUCCAGGUGGAGGCAGAGAGCUUCAUGGAGACUAAAUUCUUACUCACUGGGAUUAGUUAGCUUUAACCACCCUCCACAACUAGGGUAACCUUACUUCACAGUUUCCAAAUUCCUUUCUACUAUACCCUCAAGAUAGAAAUUCCUGUAUUUUCCACUACAGUUCAAAAGUAUAUUCAUAAGUCUUUGGUACAAGUUUACAUCAUAUGAGAAAUGUGUUUUCUUUUCUUUUCUUUGCAAUUUUGAAAUAAAGUAUUUGUCUCUUGUCUACAAUUUAAUAA